CUGGUCAUGUGCUGAGGACCAGUUGUCUCAUUGAACCGUCUGUUUCAAAGAGCUCACAAAGUUUGCAGCAUCAUCUCUUUCGAAAGUCUGAGUCUUAACACUUCAGAGAAACAUGCUGACCUUCAUUUCAUUCUUCUUACUCUGCGGCUGGAUGCUGCCUGCAGACUUCAUGACGAUCCGUUUCAACUUCCCUCUCCGAGAGAAAAACCAGGACAUCCCGUUGGGUAUGGUUGAAGAUUCGGUUGAUGACAUGUACUUUGGCUGCCAGGAAAAAAUGAUGGAAAAAGUCAAGACCUACUACUUUAACAAAGAAAUUAGAAAUAGUAAAUUUGAAUAUGCCUGGAAUGAGAUAGCAAAGUGUGCUGAGAAGAAACCAAGGGAGGCUGACAAGGCUCUGACCAAAGACCACAUGCAUGCAAUCUGUGUUUAUACUGAUAAUAAUAUUUAUGAUAUUUUCAACACAGCAGUCAGAACAGAAGCGAGCAAAUACAGCUUCUCAUUUCAGUUCCAUUCCUUACAUUUUCUUCUGACAUCUGCCAUACAGAUCUUGAAUAGCAAUUACAAAUGUCACACAACUUACAGACGCACAAGAAGUUUGUUUUCUGGCAAUGUCGGACAAAUCAUUCGCUUUGGUUCCUUUGCCUCCAGCUCUUACCUCAACAACUUAACAGACUUUGGUAGUGAGACCUGCUUUAAAAUCAAGACCUGUUCUGGAGCUUAUCUGGGGGACUAUUCUGCAAUUGACGGAGAAGAAGAAGUGCUCAUCCCACCGUAUGAAACGUUCAAAGUAACUGAGAAAGUUCUCGGUAAGGGUCAUUUUGGAGAACUGAACGACUGUAAAGUCGUCUAUGUGCUGGAGAGUGCAGGCUUGAGAAGCAGACUGAAUUGUAAAGCUACGCUUCCAUGA